AUGGCUGGGAAUUAUGGAAUGCAACAAUUAAUACCUAUUGUAAAUAAAUUACAAGAUGCAUUCGUGCAAAUGGGCGUGCACAUGUCUUUAGAUCUUCCACAAAUUGCAGUUGUGGGUGGUCAAUCUGCAGGAAAAAGUUCGGUGUUAGAAAAUUUUGUCGGCAGGGACUUCUUACCUCGAGGAUCUGGAAUAGUAACACGGAGACCUUUAAUUCUUCAACUUAUACAUGGAAAUGCAGAAUUUGCAGAGUUUCUUCAUUGCAAGGGCAAGAAGUUUACGGAUUUCAACGAGGUACGCAGCGAGAUCGAAGCAGAAACGGAUCGUGUGACUGGCAGCAAUAAAGGCAUUUCGCCGGUACCUAUUAACUUGCGAGUUUAUUCGCCUAAUGUGCUAAAUCUGACUCUGAUCGAUUUGCCGGGCCUGACGAAGGUGCCAAUCGGCGAUCAGCCCCCUGACAUCGAGCAGCAGAUCAAAGCUAUGAUCUUCCAGUUCAUACGUCGUGAGUCCUGCCUCAUACUCGCCGUCACACCGGCAAACACCGACCUCGCGAAUAGUGAUGCCUUGAAACUUGCCAAAGAGGUGGAUCCGCAAGGUCUCCGAACUAUCGGUGUUAUCACCAAGCUGGACUUGAUGGACGAAGGUACGGAUGCUCGGGAUGUGCUCGAGAAUAAAUUGCUGCCGCUACGUCGUGGUUACAUCGGUGUCGUCAACCGCUCACAGAAGGACAUCGACGGCCGAAAGGAUAUCGCGGCUGCUAUGGCUGCUGAGAGGAAAUUCUUUUUAAGCCACCCGGCGUACCGGCACCUGGCGGACCGGCUGGGCACGCCGUACCUGCAGCGCGUGCUCAACCAGCAGCUCACGAACCACAUCCGCGACACGCUGCCUGGCCUGCGCGACAAGCUCCAGAAGCAGCUGCUCGCGCUCGAGAAGGAUGUCGAGCAGUACAAGCACUUCCGCCCCGACGACCCCUCUAUCAAGACCAAGGCCAUGUUGCAAAUGAUCCAACAGCUUCAGACAGAAUUCGAGAAGACCAUAGAGGGAUCUGGAUCUGCACAGAUCAACACAAAUGAACUGUCGGGUGGUGCUAAGAUCAACAGGCUAUUCCACGAGCGGUUUCCUUUUGAAAUUGUAAAGAUGGAGAUUGACGAGAAAGAGCUACGCCGAGAGAUUGCAUUUGCGAUCCGAAAUAUUCAUGGUAUUAGGGUGGGCUUGUUCACACCUGAUAUGGCAUUCGAGGCUAUAGUAAAGAAGCAGAUCGCGCGACUAAAGGAACCCUGCUUGAAAUGCGUCGAUCUAGUUGUUCAAGAGCUUUCCAAUGUUGUUCGCAUGUGUACUGAACGGAUGUCACGCUACCCGCGGCUGCGCGAGGAGACGGAGCGCAUCAUCAUGUCGCACGUGCGCUCGCGAGAGCAGCAGUGCAAGGACCAGCUGGUGCUGCUGGUCGACUGCGAGCUCGCCUACAUGAACACCAACCACGAGGACUUCAUCGGCUUCGCUAAAAGCAAAGGCGACAAACGAGCACACAGCCCACCUAAUUGUGCUCAGAAUCAGUCUGAAAGUGCUGCGAAAUCUGGACACCGCACACUUGGGAACCAAGUCAUAAGAAAGGGUUUCAUGUGCAUACACAACCUCGGAAUUAUGAAAGGUGGUUCGCGUGACUACUGGUUUGUGCUGACGUCUGAAAGCAUCUCGUGGUAUAAGGACGAGGAGGAACGUGAGAAGAAAUAUAUGCUGCCCCUCGAUGGACUCAAGUUACGUGAUCUGGAGCAAGGCUUUAUGUCGCGCAGGCAUAUGUUCGCACUCUUCAACCCUGAGGGCAGAAAUGUUUACAAAGACUACAAGCAGCUAGAGUUGUCGUGCGAGACACAAGAUGACGUUGAUUCGUGGAAAGCGUCCUUCCUUAGAGCUGGAGUUUACCCUGAGAAGACAUCGGAAGCCUCAAAUGGGGAAGAAGGCGAAGGAAAUGAGAACUCGGAUAGUGCUGGUUCGAGCAGUAUGGACCCGCAGUUAGAGAGGCAGGUGGAGACUAUUCGAAACCUAGUCGAUUCCUACAUGCGCAUUGUUACGAAGACGACGCGUGAUCUCGUGCCUAAGACUAUAAUGAUGAUGAUCAUCAACAACGCCAAAGAUUUUAUUAAUGGGGAGCUGCUCGCGCAUUUGUACGCAUCGGGUGAUCAGGUAAUAUUAAUUAAAUACCUAAUAAAAUAA